UUUAAGCAGAGGAAUGCCCAUCCAUUAUGAAUAACUACGUAAAACCCGAGGAUGACUGGAGGCGACAACGAGCAGACGGUCACUUCACAAUGGACUCUCCCCACGAGAAAAGGAGUGAGUUCGCUGGUGCUGGUCCCAGAUGCUACGCUGGGCUCGCCGGAGGCAAAUGAGGUGCGAGUAAAGCUUCAUGCAGCUUCAUUGAAUUAUCGGGAUUUGAUGAUAGCGAAGGUAUGGCUCGAAGUCUCGGCUAUGUUGUCGGCAUGCUGAAAUUUGAAAGGGCGCAUCUCCUGGCGAGCAUCGAGUUAACGUUGUCCCGGGAAGCGACGGUGCUGGAACGGUAGAAGCGGUAGGGAGUGCCGUCAGUGAGUUCAAGCCUGGUGAUCGUGUCGUCACUCACAUGUGUCCUCACACAUCCGACGGACAUAUGCCAGUGCUCAAGGAUAUUGGCGAGGGCCUUGGCCAGAGCGUUGACGGCACUCUUCGCGAAUAUGGCAACUUUCAUGAAUCCGCGUUGGUUCACGCGCCGAGGAAUCUCACGUUUGAACAAUCGGCAACGCUCACGUGUAGCGGUUUGACUGCUUGGAAUGCAUUGUUUGGCCAGAAGGGACAGGAUGCCACGGCAGGAAGCUGGAUUCUGGUGCAAGGUACCGGAGGUGUGAGCGUUGCUGCGCUACAGUUCGCCGCCAGCUCAGGAGCAAAUGUGGUUGCGACAACGUCUAACAGCGAGAAGGCCAAGCUGUUGAAAGACCUGGGAGCGAAGCACGUCGUGAAUUACCGCCAGCACCCGAAAUGGGCAACGGUAGCUCGCGAACUCACGCCAGACUCGCGUGGAUUUGAUCUGAUCGUUGAUGUUGGUGGCGACAGCACAUUGCCACAGUCGCUAGAGGCGAUCCGAACCGAUGGAGUCAUUGCCUUGACAGGUCUGCUCGGAGGCGCAGUGCCAGAGCCAGUCCCAAUGUUGAAGGCGCUUUGGCAUACAUGCACAGUGCGAGGGAUACUCCUCGGCAGUCGCAACCAGUUCAAAGAGAUGGUGAAAUUUGUGGAAGAGAAAAACGUGGGGCCAGUCACAGACUUCAGAGCCUGGGAGCUAGGAGAGGCCAAGAGAGCGUACGACUGGUUAGAGAACCAGAAACACUUCUCUAAGGUCGUUAUCACGAUCUAGUGUUAUUAAGGUAGUCUGCAGCACCGAUCCUAGAAUCCAGAUCUCACAGGCCAAGCUUGCGCUGUCGUAUGCGAACACUUCCAUCG